UAUCCGGGGUCUGAUUGUGACCCCGAAUGUGACCCGAACUGGAUUGCGAACAUGGCGGAGCCCUCCGUUGGGAGUACGAGCCCAGGAGGUUCAGCAGGUUCCGAUGAUCAUGAAUUCGACCCCUCGGUAGAUAUGCUGGUCCAUGACUUUGAUGAUGAACGCACACUGGAGGAAGAGGAGAUGCUUGAGGGGGGAGAGACCAACUUCAACAAUGAGAUCGAACAUCUUGAACGGGAAAGUGAAAUGCCCAUUCACGAGUUGCUGAGUCUGUACGGAUACGGCGGUGGCUCGCCUGUGGACGAAGAGGAGGAGGAGGAGGAGGAAGUCGAGGAUGACGAGGACGACGGAGAGGCGGAGGACGACGAGGAGGAGGAAGAGGAGGACCUGGACAACGACGAGAGCAGUAGAAGCACGGGGGAGAUGAAGAGGAACAAGACCGAGGGAGUGAAGAUCUUGUCGGGGCUGGGGGAGGACGCCCAGUCGUCCUGCGAGGUCCGCACGCGCUCCGUCAAAACCCUCGGCACGGCAGAUCUCAUUCGGCCGCAGAAACUCAAGUACUUUGAAAACGAUGCCGAGGAGGAGUCUGAGGAAGAUGAGGAUUAUAUUCCGUCAGAGGACUGGAAAAAGGAGAUCAUGGUUGGUUCCAUGUAUCAGGCUGAAACGCCGUCGGGUCUGUGUAAAUAUAAAGACAACGAGAAAGUGUAUGAAAACGAUGACCAGCUCCUAUGGGACCCCGAGUUCCUUCCGGAAGGCAAGGUGGUGGAGUUCCUGACAGAGGCGUCGAGGCGCACAGGGGAGGAGAAGGGAGUGGACGCCAUCCCAGAGGGCUCUCACAUCAAAGACAACGAGCAGGCUCUUUAUGAACUGGUCAAGUGUGAUUUUGACACAGAGGAAGCUUUAAGAAGAUUGAAGUUUAAUGUCAAAGCAGCUAGAGAAGAACUGUCUGUGUGGACAGAAGAAGAAUGUAGAAAUUUUGAACAAGGACUCAAAGCUUAUGGAAAAGACUUUCAUUUAAUUCAAGCUAACAAGGUGAGAACUAGGUCUGUAGGAGAAUGUGUGGCCUUUUAUUACAUGUGGAAGAAGUCUGAGCGUUAUGAUUUCUUUGCACAGCAAACCAGGCUUGGGAAAAGGAAAUACAACCUUCACCCAGGUGUCACGGACUACAUGGACAGGCUGCUGGAUGAGACAGAGAGUGCUACAUCCAGCAGGGCGGCCUCGCCCCCGCCCACCACCUCCAACAGCAGCACCAGCUACUCGGAGAAGGAGGACGGUAGCAGCCACAACGGUUUAUCGAGCCACAACUCGGGUUCAGGAGAAGGCUCGUCGCUGUUGAAUGAAGUAAAAGCAGAAGCUGCCCAGCGGUCCAACGGGCCCUCGCACGGCUCCGACUCCCCUCCCCCGGCCUCAGACAACGACUCGAACGGCUGCGAGUCGUCGGAGGCGCCCAGCCAUGACCGGAACGGGGCCCUGGAGACCCACGGCGAGGCCCCGCCUCCCUACGACCGGCUGAGCAAGAGGUGCCGGACGGAGGCGGAGCCGUCGGGCCAGAGCGAGCCCGAGCCCUCCAGAACUCAGGAGGACUGACGACUCCUCGGGGGGGAGGCAGGGCAAGAGGGACAUGGAAACCAAACGUCAACGACCAACCAAACCCAGCUGGGCCACCAGCAACCGAGGGAGGGGCAGAGGCCUGAUUGUAAAGGAGCACACAUGGCCCCCCCCCACCCCCAAACCCAGCAAACCUCGGCUCCACUCAUCCAAAGUACCACGGGAUCCUUCACUACGAUUCUACUAUUCUUUUUCAAUAUCCAUUUUUGGAGAGACUGAUCUCAAAAUUUUUCCCCCAGAAAAGGCUUUCUCCCCCCCACUCCACUGUUUGUAUCAGAAACAGAAAAAAAAUGGCCUGUGAUAUUUUUUUAUGCAAGAGAUAUUUAUAUAUUUUUAAAGAAAUGUACUACGGUGAGUAUCUGCCGCCAAAGCCGUUUGGUUCCAGAAAAUAAGAGGAUGCGUGGUUUCAAGAGCGUGAAGCAGGCAGAAGCGUUUUAGCAAGCACACUUAGUUGCACUUUUUUGUUGUUGUGGUUGUCAUUGCUCAUUAGACACCCCUUAUAGGUGGGUUCCUAGCCUAUGUUUGUUCAGUUGAGAGAAAUAAAUCUGUUUCCUUCCAGGUUUGUUUGUAUAAAGCGUUUGACAUCAGUGAUGUCUUGUAUUAUAACUCAUCCAUAAAAAUUUCAAAAGCUAUUUUUGGAUUUUCUUAGACGGCUUUUUCAUGUUAUUUUAUCGUAUUUUUUUGGUUUCUAUUAGACAGUAGUCCCUAAGUUUUGAUGUAAAGUUUGUAUAGAUUUCUUAACAACUUGUACAGUUCUUACACUUUGAUAACCGUAAAAUCUUAAAUCAGCCUGUAUUUUACAGUCUUUCCUGUGAGAUUAUGGUCAAAGAUUUUCUCGCCUUGUUGCUCUAAACUGGGAUGUAACAAAAUGUCCAUCUCUGCUCUGCAGUCUUUCCCUCCUCCCCCCAUUCCUGUUUCACACCAGUCUCAUGUUGAAAUGUAUUUACUGCAAAACAAUGUUGUUUUUUUAUUGACUCGGCUUACAAGACACUGGCGGUCGUCCUUUUAUCCCGUAGCACAGUAGGAGGAGGACUGUUGUGUUGUGAUGUCUCUGUACUCAGCCAUUACGUGCAGCAUACAGGCUGUUAGCCCCAGUCAAGACCCUCUCCAUUGGGUACUGAGAGUCCUCUUAGUAACUGGGCUCGCUUUUGAAAUAACCUGAACUUUAGCACGGUAACUCUUGUUUUUUUCUUCAAUGUUUUACUUCUUUGUACUCUUUUGAAUCUUACAUAUGGAGUUUUUUUUUUUUUUUUGUCUUUUAAAAA